GUACAAGUGGCGGGGCCACCGCUGAACACUUCAAAAACAGGCUUUGGCCUUGUAAGAAUGAUCGACAACCCAUUAACGCUAGGCCCAGAAAUGAGCUCCAAGUUAGUUGGGAAAGCACAAGGGUUCUAUGCGCAAGCUUCCAAGAAGAGAUCGGGUGUUGAUGGCUAUGAAUUUUGCUUUAUCGAAGGUAAGUAUAAUGGUAGCACUAUCACAGUACUAGGGCGGAACUCGGUGUUUUCAACAGUGAGAGAGAUGCCGGUGAUCGGAGGAAGUGGGCUUUUCCGGUUUGCUAGAGGCUAUGUUCGCAAAACUCACAAGUUGGAUCUUGCCACAGGAGAUGCUGUUGUUGAGUAUAAUAUCUAUGUGUUGCAUUAUUGAUAGCUUUUUCUUUUCUGGUCUGUUUCUCCUCCUUCUUUUUGUCUCCUAAUUAUUCAGUUUUACGUGGUGAUUAAUUAUGAUAAUUAAUGGGACCACUUUUUGAUUAUUAUAAUUAUAAUUAUUUUGUUUUCUGUUCUUUA